AUCCGCCCGAAGACGCCGAAGAUUACCGACAGCAAUGCGACGGUGGCAAAAGGGAAAUUGAAAAGUGCUCGUAAAGUGAACAGCUGGAAGCGAAUGCUGGCCAGCCUGUACAACCGCUUUAGGGCGAAACAAGCUGUGAAACGGAAGCAACAAGGAAGAGCGUUACCGUUAAUUUGGUGGCAACCGGUACGGGAAGGCCUCAUGCGACAGCAAAGGGAGGCCUGGCCUGAUCAAGCCCAGCGGAAGAAUGGGACGAGGCUCUUGGCUAACGGGGAAGGACGUAAACAAAAGCUGGGAAAAAAGAUUCAGCUGACCAAACAAAGUACUACGGAAGCUGUACUUAUACUGCGUCUGAGAGCGAAUACAACGCGUACCACGAAGGCAACAACAACGCCGAAAAAACCGCCUACUACUACAACCGUAAAAACAACCACAACAACUACAAAACGAGCUUACAAAGAAAAACACUGGGAAAUACCAGAAGCACCGGAAACAAAACCUGUAAGUGCGUCCCAGUUUUUCAAAGUGCGGACGAUGUUACUGCUGAUGGCUUAUCUGACACUGUUCAUCGUAAUCGUCGUUUCCUCACUAACAGUCUAUAUGACCGAAAAGAAGCUAUUCGACGAGCGGCAGUUAGCUAUGAAAUGGGUUGAAAAUCAGAAAGCCCUUGCCGUCUUUAGUGAAAAAAACAUCAUGUGA